GGGUGAGAGGCCGAGGCGGGGCUGGGCUUCUGGACACUGCUCGGCGCUUCUAGUCGCGGGAGUGGGAAAGUGGGGUGCAAAACGGGUCCCCUUCAUCACGGCUCGCUUCCGGCGUCAUGGCUCAAAGGGCCUUCCCGAAUCCUUAUGCCGAUUAUAACAAAUCUCUGGCCGAAGGCUACUUUGAUCCUGCCGGGAGGCUGACUCCUGAGUUCUCACAACGCUUGAACAAUAAGAUUCGAGAGCUUCUGCAGCAAAUGGAGAGAGGCCUGAAGUCAGCAGACUCUCGGGAUGGCACCGCUUACACUGGCUGGACAGGUAUUGCUGUGCUUUACCUCCAUCUCUAUGAUGUGUUCGGGGACCCAGCCUACCUGCAGAAGGCGCACGGCUAUGUAAAGCAAAGUCUGAACUGUUUGUCCAAGCGCUCCAUCACCUUCCUCUGCGGGGAUGCAGGCCCGCUGGCCGUGGCUGCCGUGGUAUAUCACAAGAUGAACAAUGAGAAGCAGGCAGAGGAUUGCAUCACUAGGUUAAUUCACUUAAAUAAGAUCGAUCCCCAUUCUCCAAAUGAACUACUGUAUGGACGAGUGGGCUACAUCUAUGCUCUUCUUUUUGUGAAUAAGAACUUCGGAGUAGAAAAGAUUCCUCAAAGCCAUAUUCAGCAGAUUUGUGAAACAAUCUUAACGUCUGGAGAAAACCUCGCUAAAAAGAGAAACUUCACAGCAAAGACUCCACUGAUGUAUGAGUGGUACCAAGAAUAUUAUGUGGGAGCUGCUCAUGGCCUGGCAGGAAUUUAUUACUUUCUGAUGCAGCCCAGCCUUCAAGUGAGCCACGCUAAGUUACAUAGCUUGGUCAAGUCCAGUGUAGACUACGUCUGCCAGCUGAAAUUCCCUUCCGGCAAUUACCCUCCUUGUGUGGGCGACACUCGAGAUCUGCUAGUCCACUGGUGCCAUGGUUCCCCGGGGGUCAUCUACAUGCUCAUCCAGGCCUAUAAGGUGUUCAAAGAAGAACAGUAUCUCAACGAUGCCUACCAGUGUGCUGAUGUGAUCUGGCAGUAUGGGUUGCUGAAGAAGGGGUACGGGCUGUGCCAUGGUGCUGCGGGGAAUGCCUACGCCUUCCUGGCCCUGUACAACCUCACGCAGGAUAUGAAGUACCUGUACCGGGCCUGUAAGUUUGCUGAAUGGUGCUUAGAUUAUGGAGAACACGGAUGCAGAACACCAGACACCCCCUUCUCCCUCUUUGAAGGAAUGGCCGGAACAAUAUAUUUCCUGGCUGACCUCUUAAUGCCCUCGAAAGCCAAGUUUCCUGCCUUUGAGCUAUAAGAAGAAAGCCUGCUCCCUGCAACUCCGUGCCUGGCCCCUCGCGCAUGUCUAACCUGAGCUACGUGCUAUUAUUGCUUUCCAAGGACACAGAGCUAAGCUGUGUACGUGAUUUAGUUGAGAUUUCCUUCAGAAUUUGUCUUUAGUUCACUUCCUUUUCUUUAUCAUUUACUUUUACUUUAAAAUGUCCAAAAAAAUAUUUUAACUUUAACUUCACUUUCUUCCAAAAAGGAAGUUCAGUGAUAUGUACAAUAUUUUGAGGCAUAUAUGUGUAUAUAUUUAUAACUUGGAGGAAAUCUUACUCUUAACUAAGCUUAUGACUACAGCCAUCUGUUUAUUGUUCUAAAAAUGUUUAAAAGAAACUAAAUGCAUAU